UUUUCUUCUCUCCAACAAACAAAUGGUGGUGAAACACAAAACUUUUUUUCUGUUCUUCUCUAUUCUUUCGUCUUUUUAUUUUUACUUUUAAAAAACACAAACAUUAAUAUACCUAAUAAUUACCCUCCAGCCCAGACUAAAUUUUAAUUGUUCUUUCCUUAAAAAUAAUUUAGGUAAUUUAGAAAUUAACAUGAGCAACUUCCCUAUAGUCCGCUCAAAUUCUUAUAUUUUAUAUCCCCGCGCAAGGGACAUGCAUUCGGGAGAAGCUAUGGUUCCUACAUUGAGUAGAGUUUCAUCAGUCCCAAAUCUGCACAAUAUGCAUGUUUCUGAUGCAUUCAGGCCGGGAACUCUAUACAAAUACAGACGUGAUUGGAACCCGUUAGAAGCAAGUAUAACUGACACAAGUCACCAUUCACCUCUUUUCUGGGUUGAUAGACGCUUUUCAGGUAUUCUUGAUGUUUAUUUUAAAAAUUUUCAAAAAAAAUUCACAGCUCGUCGCUACAUGAACACCGACCCAAUUCCUGAUUCCUUAGGCCUAGACUAUCCCAAUUUUUGGUCCCGCUACAAAUUCUACUCUGACUAUCUUGAACCAAAGUACUGGCGCCGGCACCGAGACCCAAACUAUGACCGUCCAUUAUGGAAUUCUUGGAAACCCUACAUUUUGGACGGGAAAAACCAAAAACAGGCUAUUGACAUGUAUCGACAAGGAUUAGUUUCCUUUGCAUAUUUGGACAAAAAUUGGAUUACUCCAUGGGCACUUGGACGGAAAGAAAAAGAUUGGAAUGAAGUUUACCCUCCAGCUGGUAAAUAUGGAGCUAGACGUUAUAUGUACUCUUGGGCCUAA